AUGGCCGGACCCGGAGCAUCGCCUGCCCCCUCGCCCGACCACCUCGACGCUCUCGCAGCCAAGCUUACCCAAGCAGCCAAUACCCUCCGCCAAAAGAGCACUUCUCCCAAUGGCAACGGCGCGGCGAAGGAGAGCCUGAGCACCGCCGCCGAGGCGCAGAAGGCAGGCGUCGCGGCGCUGCGCGGCAUGACGUCGCCCAAGGAGCGCUUCCUGGACCUGAUGCUGAUCCCCCCUGCCAUGGGCGUGCUGCGUGUCUUCCUGCACUGGGGCGCGCUCGAGCGCAUCCCGCGCGACUGCAUCACGCCAAUCUCGUACGCACAGCUCGCCGACGAGCUGGGAGCCGAAGUCGAGCUUGUCCGACGCCUUGCAUGGGUGCUCGUCGCGGCGGGCUUCCUCAAGCAGAUUGGAGAUGACGAGGUAGUUAACACGCCGAACGCGGUGAUGCUGAUUGGAAACGUGACUUUGAGGGGUGUUUUAGACGUGGUUGCUGAACAAGUGAGGGCGGCGAUGGUCCUUCCCAAGUACUUCGAGCGCUACGGCCGGGUCGAACCAACCCAGCAGCGCGGCAGCCCGUGGACAUUUGCCCGGGGGCAGCCCGACAAGACCAUCUGGGAGAUCAUGUCGGCGGAUCCAGAGGAGGUCGAGGUCUUCGCCAAGUCCAUGCGCGCCAGCUCUAGAUUCUACCCCAUGCUUAGCCCGUAUGAUUUCUCCUGGAUCGUUGAGAAAUCCGUCGAGGACCAGAGCCGGCCCCUAGUCGUCGAUCUCGCGGGUAGUGACGGCGAGUCCUUGCUGUCAAUCUUGCGGAACACACCCGGCUUGCCGGCUGAGCGGUGCGUGCUGCAGGACUUGCCGCAUGUGCUGGAGGAUAACGCGAAGAUGCGGCAGGAGGAGGAGAUCAAGGCGUUGCAGAAGGUGCCGAUCGACAUUUUCAAGGAUGAGCCUGUCAAAGGAGCCCUUGUCUACCAGAUCCGCCGUACCUUGCACGACUAUGCCGAUGCGGACGUGCUUCAGGUACUACGGCUGAUCCACAACUCCAUGGCGUCUGACAGUCGGCUGUUGAUCGUCGAGUGUAUCAUGACUAACCCGCCAACACCCAUGGCCGCCGCCGUGGACUUGUUCAUGUGUAUUACCGCAGGAAAGGAGCGUACCAUUGAGAUGUUUGAAAACCUGGCUGCUAAUGCCGGUCUGCGUAUUACGAAUGUUGUUCCUGGGGAAACUAGCGAGAUGGGAGUGUUAGAGUGUAUAAAGAUAUAA